CAUAUGCAUCUGCGGAAAAGAGAUUUUUAAACAACUAUGCAUGCGGAAUAACUUCAACCAUUGCUGAUUCCAUUAAGGCCCAGUUGAAGAUCGACGAAGGUUAUAAGACAGUUAUUUACAGGGACAGUAAGGGAUAUCUUACUUUUGGAAUUGGACAUCUGAUCACUCACAACGACCCCGAGUACGGGAAGCCAGCGGGAACACACGUGAGCACCUCUCGCAUCGACAGCGUCUUCCAGUCAGAUGUCACAGCUGCUAUAAAUACCUUCCAUUCCAUCUUCCCUCACUGCUCGAGUUUACCAAGAGAAGUGAAGGAAAUCAUUGUAAACAUGGCGUUCAAUCUUGGUGGAGGAUUACGUAAUUUCCAUAACUUUAUUUCAGCUGUCAAUAGUCAUAACUGGAGCAAGGCUGCUGAUGAGAUGGUGAACAGUGCAUGGUACCGCCAAGUUGGAAACAGGUCUGUGAGACUUGUUGCAAGAAUGAGAGCCGUUUAAAUUUACUUAAAAACUGUAUUAUUUUUGCAGCUGAUGACUUGUGUUUAACCUUGAUU